AUGUCACAGCUCCCUCAACAUGUCGAUUUACUAGAGCGAUACCGUGGUCUCGUCGCACUAGGCCGAAUUAAAUAUGACGAGGGACAGGUUAGAGCUAUCAUGCAACUUAGGCGACUACAAAGAGAACUGGACGGCUACGCACCACCCGCUCUUACUUCUAGAUACCUAACUGUAGGGAGUAAUGCUCGGAAUACUGAGGAUUCGUCAUCGCGCCCGUGGUGGAAUAUUGGGCUCGAUAAUGGCUUAUCUACCCAUGCUACUCCAGAACACCAGGCCUUGAUACACUUCCGUACACAUGCAGAAGAGAUUGUCGCACUGACGACACCAAAGGCAAGCGCAUCGCACACGUUCUCUACGACCACCUAA